CCCUCCCCCCCUCCGAGAACGCCAUGUCCCAGCCCGGCGUCGAUCCGUCGCAGGCCGCCAGCGAGCCGUGGUUCCACCCGAACUUCGAGAUGCUCGAGAUGCCGCCCGGGGGAGAGGCCCCGGCCGGGCACUUUGGCGUCGGCGUCCCCGGCAUGCCGGCCGGCCCGGCGAUGGGGUCCAUCGGCUCGGCGUCCAGCGGAUCGCUGCCAACAGCGCACGCGCCGGCCGGCCAUGCGUACAGCUUCCCGACCAACAUCGGCGGCCGGGUGUCCACUUCCGGCCAAAAUCCCGGGGCCAUGUUCUCCGGCGAUGCCAUUGGCGGCCAGCUCCCGGGCUCCGGGCCGAUCACCAUCUCCUACUCGGCGGCCUUCGGCACCGGGGGCUUCGAGGGCGAGCCGCCGCUGCUGGAGGAGCUCGGCAUCAACUUCGGAAGGAUCAAGUCCAAGUCCCUCCAUGUCCUGAACCCCUCGAAGCAGCUGUCAUCCCUGCGUGGCUCGGCCGAAGUUGCUGCCGAUGCCGAUGAGGAUGGCGACGACCUGGCCGGGCCGCUGCUCUUCUGCCUCCUGCUCGGGGCCUUCUUGCUGUUUAGUGGCAAGGUCCACUUCAGCUACAUCUACGGCGUGGCGGUCGUCGGGUGUCUUGGUCUGUGCAUGCUCUUCAACCUCAUGGGGACCAUCUCCGUUUCGGUCUCCAAGACGGCCUCCAUCCUGGGCUACGGGCUCCUGCCGAUGGUGGGGCUCUCCUUCAUCACGGCCCUGGUAACUUUGCAGGGUGGUGUUUCCCUCUUCCUGGCCCUGCUGACGGUGAGCUGGUGUACCAUCGCCGGGUCGUCGCUCUUCGUCAAGGCCUACGGCCUGCGCGAGCAGCUGGUCCUGGUUUUCUACCCCAUCUUCCUGUUCUACGCGUCCUUCGCCCUUUUGACGGUCCUCUGAGGGCUGGGCCAUGCGCUGCGAUGCGUCCGACAUCGUGUGCUUCGCUGCCCCCUCUCCCCCCCCCUGGGCCCUGUCCGUUCCUGCCCUUCAUGCGAGGAGGCCUCCAGCCCAGGGGGCAGGGGAACGAGGGAGGGCAGGGGCGAACGAGGUCCCUCUUCCUCACAUCUUCUCUCUCUCUCUCUCUCUCU